CGUUCGCGUGCCUCGACGACAACCCUUGACCAUCGUCCGCCGUCAGAUUUGUGGUAUCCCACGUCGUUGUUUUCGUGAGUGAUUGGGCUGUGCUUCACUCCCUCCCCCCUUCCUCCCCUCUCGUGUCGACGAUGCGAGCUCGAGACUCGCGAUAGACUCGCGGACGACGCGGGAAAAACGGAUACGUGUGUGUCGGAGCACGAGCGGAGUGUCGAGGCGGGAUGAGCGCCAGAGAAGUCACUCUCCUCGGCGGCUCCCCAUGGGGCUUCCGGAUGCACGGCGGAUGCGACUCACAUCAACCCCUGCGCAUCUCCAGGGUAAAUCCGGGGAGCAAGGCGGCCGAGCAGGGAGUGAGAGAGGGCGAUCUGAUCAGUAAUAUCAACGGGAGAAGCACUCGGGAAUUGACCAACAGCGAGGCCCACGCUUUGCUACGUAACUCCGGGGAACAGCUGAAGCUCGGUCUCAAUCAAGAAAACAUCGGCUCGCCGAAGAGGAGGAUCUACAAGAGCAGCCUGCAGGAGAACACCACCGAGAUUCACAACAAGAUCACAACGAGGACCACAACGACCACGCGCACACGGACGGAAACGGAGAAGAACGUUGCCAAUGACACAAAAGUCGACCACAGUUACGCCAAUCCGAACGGUGCUCUGAAGAACUGUCCCGGCGAACAACCAAGCGACGUUAAGAAAGGACGUCGCGACACGCCGUCAGGCUACGUGACCGACGCCGCGGAGGACGCCGCGAUGCCGCAGGGGAACGCGCGCAACCGCAGCCGCGGCCGCAGGAACCGGAAUCGCCGGCGGGCGCAGCGGCCGGUCGUCGUCGCGGAAUCUCCGCGGAAUGACGAAAGACGGGAGAUGCGGCCGGAGGAGACUCCGGAGGCGAUGAACGAGGCGAGCAGCGAGCGCGUCAACGACGAGGAAGACUCGAGGACGACCGAAGACGACUCCGCGACGCCGGAGAGUGGCGAUCUUGUCGUCGCGAGCGAGGAUCGCGGCGCAGGAUCGUGCCGAUCCCGGCCGGACGAGCGACGCAGGAUCGAGAAGAUCGAGCUGCGAUCGUCCUGCCCGCGAAUAGUCGAGAUCACGACGAUCAGCAGUUUGCCCCUCGAGGCAACGAUCGGCCACAUCGCCGGGGUGGGUAUCCUGGAGACGGGAAUCGGCGACAAGGCGACGAAAGACUCGACGACGGUGACGAUAUCCGAGCCCGUGGAGGCGAUACGGCCGCUCGGUGAGCGCGUCAGGACCAAAUGCACGAGGUUGCUGCACGAGGGCGACGGCGGCGAGGACGUCGAGUGGACGGCGAGGAAUCGAUUGGAGAUUCGGGAGGUGAGCGACAGCGACGCCGAGGCCGACUGCGGUCGACCGACGAUCGUCGUCGAGAUCGAGUCCGACGCGGAGAGGGAGCCGAGCGGUGCGCGAGAUCUCGCCGCCGAGCAUCACGGGGGAUCGAAACCGAGGAAUCGGCUCGGUCAGCAGCAAUUCGCGUCGCGGAAGAAGCUGGCCAAGUCGGAAGCGGAAUAUGCGACGUUGAUGUGGGACACGGUGAUGCCGAGGGAGGUCGAGAGGAAGCUGCGGAAUUUCAUCGAGGAUCUGCAGCUGCCGAGCUUUUCCGAGGAGGUUACCGAGGAGGACGGCAGAUUCUCGGAGAAGCUGUCCCGGGAGAUCGCGCCGACCAAGUCGGCGGAGGCCAAGUCCCCGGAGAAAACGGUUGCCGCGUCGCGCCGGAAGACGAGGAAGCGCGCCAACUCGGAGUCCCAUUUCGCCAACAACUUUCUGGAUAUCAUACAGGAGGAGGGCGAGCGGCUGUCGGAGGACGAGGCGCAGCACAUCAGGGACUUCAUCAACAGCGAGAUCAGUAAGUAUCGGCGGCAGGAGGAUAGGCACUCCACCGAGAAGACGGUCGAUCCCGCUGAGGUCGAGACGACCGAGGGGCGCGUGUGCGACAUCACGAUCAACAUCGACGCGUCGGAAUGCGACGCCGCGAGGAGUGAUCGCUGCGAGGGAGACGAUUCCGCGACGAGCGAACCGAUGGGCGAACCGCGAAGUAACGCAAAGUCGCACGAUGAAUCUGACGAGCCCAAGGAGCUCACGACGAACGAGAAGCGAAACGACUCGAGCAUCGCUGAUCCCAUCGACGGGAGAAUUGACGUUUCGGAAAUCGGCGCGGUGAGCGACGUUGACGAGGAAGAAUUAGCGAGCGGCGAGCAGGAAGACGUCAAUAAUAACUCGAGCGUAAAAAAUAUCUCGACAGGAAACGACGUGAAUGACGUGAAGCGAGUAGAGGACGAUAGAUCGCUUAUCAAAGUCGAAACGGUGAGAGGAUCGGAGGAAUGCGAUUUUCCUCGUCUGGAUCCGAUCGAAACGCGCGCGGUCGAUAAUCACGGCGCGCCACGAAGCGCCGACGAGGUUGCUCGUGCGUUGCGGAACGGAGCAACCUCCUCGUCGGAGGAGAGACGGCCGUCGCCGCCGCCACCUCCUCCCAAGAGAUCGUCUAGCUUGGGCCAGGAACCUCCGAGACCACCGACGCCAUUCGAAAUAGACUGCAUCUUGAACGGCGCAGACGUUCAGCAGCCACUGGCGAGUUGCGAGAUCGAAGUGGCGAAGGAGCGAGCAGCACCACGACGAUCGGAGCUUUCCGGAGGAGGCGGAAGCUUCUCGAGGUCCGGCCAGCGGCCUCGGACUCGCGCAGAUGAGAUUCGCGGUUUCCCGCGUGGCUCCUCGAGUAUCGUUUGCGUCGAUGAGAUGCCUCGAGGCCACGCGAGGCAGGUGAAAUUAGUGGACACCACCUCAACGACGAGGAAUGCCGCGGAAGCUUCGGGCGCGGGCGGUCCGCCGAUCGCGUCAUCGGGUAUUCGCGACGCCGGGACGCUCGGCGUCGCGCUGCCAAGCACGGCCAGCACGGAAAUAACGCUUUGCGAGAAAGGGAAGCGGCUCGUGACGUCCGCUGCAUCGACGGCGCAGCGUUUGGUUGAGCGAGACGCCGACAGGUCGGACAGCCGACAGGUGGACGAGAACGAGCCGUGCGAGUGUCCUUCGGCCGAGGAGAACUUCGAAAAAGGGUCUCCGAAGGCGAACCGAGACGCGAGCGCGAUGGCCGGACAAACGACGAAGGGCGACGAUAAGUCGCACGCGCAUCCGAGUUGUUCAGUGGAGAAUAACUCAUCGGUGUUUCAUCGGGCUCCAUCGGGCGCAAGAGAGCACGAGCGGAAGCUCGGGGAAGAGGAGGAGAACGAUGGCCAGAAGUCGAUGUCGAGAUACCGUCACGAGCGGACAGUGAAGAGCGAGACGUCGGAGACGAGGAUAAUUGAGCGACGCGAAGAGAGCUCGAAUGUUAACCAGCGCAAUGGUCCUCGCGAUUCCAAGUAUUCGACGUGGGAGUCGAGGCGCGAGGAGAAGUACGAGGAGAGGCGCGAAGAAACGCACAGCUCCUCCCGGCGAAGCGACGCGAGGAAUUCGUCCGACGACGACGACGAGGCGAGUUUCCGACGGGCGGCGGACGUCGCGGCGGCGAAUCCCUCGCCGGAGAGCAGCGAGCCGGCGGACCUUCAGGGGCACGACUCGUCGACGAGCAGCACCGACGCAUCCCAGAGCACCGUGAAGCACUGUCCGCUGGAGGAGACGUCGCUGACCGACGUCAACGCGAUCAUCCGAGAGACGAAGAGCGACGAUUCUCAGGAGGAGCCGGACGAGUCCCUGAAACGGAAGCUGACCCUGCUGAAGAACGGAGGAGGACUCGCCGCUGGCGACGUGUCGGGGGAGAGCUCCGAGUCGCCGCAGCCGGUUCCUUACUCGCCCGUGGAGGACCUUCGCUACACGCCGUUCAAGACCGACGACGAGGACAUGUCCGCGAGAACGCGAGUCUUUGAAGACUCAUCGCCGUUAAGUCUCACGAGCGCGCAACCGUCCUCCUUGAGGGAGCUCUGCGUGAAGAAGAUCCUGUCGCUGCCGUUCGGGCCGCGAGUGAUCGGUGAGAUCGCCACGACGCCGGGACUCGACAUCUUCGAGAGCCUGCGGACGCUGCAGAGGUUUGUGAGUAGCGUGCCGAGCGCUCGUCGCGAUAACGCCCGAUUAAACCCGCAUGGAGUGAUUGAUCGACGGCCGCGCGGCGCGGCCGGACUAACGAAAGCGACGCGUGGGAGCGAGCCGCCACCUAACGACCUUGAAAACGCUGUUUCAGAGUGCGCUAAAUUGUUGCCAGAGAACGUUAAUAUUGAGACUCGUUUAUCAGAGUCCGAGACAGAGAUGGGGCACCGUUGGCGAGGCCUCUCCACGUCGGAGGACCCGAGACUGUUGGUCUGCCUGUCGCCGUCCCAACAGGCCACGUCUGGGCGCGCGAGCGCCGACGCCUUGCUGGAUCUCCAUCGGAAAUUCUUGAAUCGGUACAGCUACCGCGAGGAACAGCCGCAGUGUGUCCCUCUGCCGCAGUACCGGGUGCAGGUGCGCCCGAUGGCGUCCUCCUCCCUCGACCAAGGGGACGACGACGCCAAGGAGUCACCCGAGCCACCCGCGCGCGCCCUUCAACGUGACACUGUCGGCAGGUCGAGCAACAGGCUGCUGGAGAUCAUCAAGGAGCACGCCGACGUGAAUGUUUCUCGGAACGGUCCGCUCGCGGAUCGCCGCUCGAAGAUAAUGAACGGCGAGUCCUCGAAUCGGUGCACUUUCGGGGGUCAAGAGCAGCGUCUCAAGGCCGCUCGUUUGAGCGACUGCUUGAAUCAGGCUAGAUAUGAUUGCCGGAGCGCCGCCGCGGACGAGCUAUUCUUGGCGGCGGCGGGGGACGAGGCUGGACGCGACGAUAAGCCGAGUCACGUGGCUCAAGGAGAUCAGUCUAGGAUUGCGACACGGUGCGUCGGCGGCCAUCGGCCAUCGUCGAACGAUGCCGCGAUAGCUCGCGAUUCGAAACCGCGUCGACCAGACGCGUCCGGCUCGUUCGCGAGGAGCUCGAUCGCGCCGAGCAGCAGCGCCGUUGUCGAUCGAUCGUCGGGCGGUGCGAUGGACGCCGGCAAGAGGACACCACCCUGGAGAACGGUCGACCCUGGCAAGCACGUGAACCCGGCGUUGAUCGACGAUAAGUUGGAAGUGCCACCCUUGCCGAAGCGCACGAUUACGGUGGACAGGUCGUGCAUCGACACCACGAGCAUCUUCGAUCAGAAUCCGCCGAGAAGCCACUUGGAGCCACGGCGGGGCCACGAGACGGCGGCGGAGAAGCUCAAGCACGUAGCAGCCGCGGAGAUCAUGGACAAGCUGAAGAAGCUGCAGACGGAGACGUCGCGACGGCUCGAUGGCGACAAGAGGGGCUCUCUGCCGCAGGAGUACUUCGCGCAGCAACUCAAGUAUAUCGAGAUGUUGGAGGAGCAACUAAAGAACGUGAUAUUGGCCGAGGAAGAGGAGAGAAAGGCUUUCGAGGAGCUGCAAACGCACGUUCGUCGGACGCGACGAUGCGACGACGCGAAGAAAUCGCCCCUCAUCGAUAUUCCUGAGGAAAUGCCGGGGAAAACCGGCCAGAAGACUUCCGCGCGUGAACGCAAAAUCCCGAUCGAGCUGCGCGACGAUACGACGACGGGCGAAGAGUGUGCGCGGAGCAAACCAGAGGAGUGCCGAGGACUUCCCGAGGAAAAUCACCUCACCUCCGAGAAGAAGAGCGAGCCGCCGGAGGUCCAGGCGGAAAGCUGGCGAGAGAAGUCACGGAGAGUGGAGAAAGAUCGCACGGAGACCAUCGACAAGGCGGGUAGUCGACAGUUCCGCAGGAAGGUGCACCACGAGAACGGUGUACACGAGGAAGAGUCCUCGGAGAGUAUCGAGCACGAAGAGCACCACGUGAUCAGCGGGAAGGGAGCGGCAAGAGCACCGAAGAACGUGGCGCCCAAGUCUCGCGAGAACAACGCUGACAAGCGUCGCGCGGAAACUCCGGCAACGGAGACACCGAGGAACACUGCCACCGAGGUUGCCGAGAACGCGACGCGGUCGAGCGUUCGCAAGAACGUCGCGGCGAAGAAACUUUCGACGUUGCCGACCAACGGGGAGGCGUUUCGCCAACGAAUGUACGACGAGUAUGUGCACAAAGUGCUGGAGCGGCAGGAGCGGAAGAAUCACAAGGUCGUGAAAAUCAGUUCUCACGAGGACAUCCGCAAGGUAAACGGCGAAUCGAGCGGCAUGAGCGCCAUGGCGAAGGAAUUCAUCGAGAAGGCGCGUAGCCGGCUCAGCAAGUUCGGAAUCGAUCUCGACGAGAACGGAACGGAACGCGAAGAGGAGGAGGAGGAGGAGGAGGAGGAGGAGGAGGAACGUCGGGGGAACCGCACGGUGAUCAAGGCUAAGUGUCUGAUCGAUGGCAAGGAACUCGAGGACGCUCGGAAGCUGCCGAAACACCUGCGGGAGUUCCUGAAGAUCUCGACGAUGACCGACGACGACGGGAGUGGCCGCAAUGUCGCUGCAAAGGGACGAGACAGUGAGAGCGAUCUGCUGCACGAGAUUGACAAAGCUUUGAGAUUCGGCCGGGGAUUUCUACUUGAACAAGAGAACGUUAUGUUCGUCCCUACGUUUAAAGCCUCGUCAGCGAAACCAGGCGUUUGGUCGCCAGGACAGACGCCACCUGCGAAGGAACCGAGUCCCGAUCGGAGCAGGCAACCACUGAAGGACGAGGCGAUUCCGCCGGUCUGGACCCCGGCCAGCGCCGGCGCGAGUCCCAUCGCGGAGAGGAAGGAAUUUCGUCCCGUACCGUUCGAGAGCCCCGUGCUGAGCCGGAAGGAGCGAUCUAAGGAAGAGGGUGUGCAGGAGGCGACGCCGCCUUGGGAGCACGAGGAGGGGAGAAAGGAGAACUCUCGAAGCGUGUACGAGAGCAGUGCGUCGCGGAUCGUCAAUUCUUACUCCGCGCCUGCCCAGGGCUUGAACACGCUCGCAUCCACGCCGCGGUUGCCACGUGCCCAGAAUCCGACCAUCACGUUGCUGCAGAAAGCGAGAGAAGGACAGUUGCCGAAAGGCGCAGCCUAUCUGGAAGAGAGCGAGUUCGCCGACAGUCGUCCCCCGAGCGACGAGAGACGAGCGUUGAUCUCCCCUGGAGAAAUACUCUACACCGUGAAGAGGGAAUACGAGAGCGAGCCGGAAACGGAUAAUGAGCCGACGAAGAAGAUGGCCGAUCUCGGCCCUCGAAAGUUCGAGGGUAUCGGCCCGGUGACUAAGGAGGGUGUCCCUCUCGUUUUGAGAUCGGAAGUCAAGGAAAGCAAUCAGGCGAAAUGGUACAAGAAAAUGUACGACUCGCUGCACCGCGCCGAUCGAAACGAUGACUACGUAACCAUCCGUUACAAACCAAGGAGAGGUGGGAGAUACGGAUACGGAAGCAGCAGCGGAUAUUUGAGCGAGCCGGAAUCGCGCGCAUACUCGGAUCGAUCCGUUACUCUCGAUAGCCGCCGACGACUGCGCAACAAAGAAAAUGACUUCACCACGGCAACUAUGCCCAGAAAGAGCGGGGCGCUGAAGUACUCGUCGGAUGUUUACAAGAAUCAGCCUGGCCGCAUCGAGGACUAUGAGCCAGGCCAUUCGUCGAUCGCCGAGAAGGAAGCUAAAGAGUGGUGGGACGAGGUCAUGGACAUAUUUGACGGGUGGCUGAAUGCAAACGGACGUCCCCAGCACGCGCAGUCCAGGAUGGAGUCUCUGUGUGACAUCGAGCCUCAUAUCCUCAGCCUCUCCUACCGGCCGGAGGACAGUCCUUUCGAGCAGCGCAACGCACGGGCCACGAAACCGUACAUGACUCAUGCUCUCAAGGAAUCAGGCUACGAGAGCGACUCGACACUGGUGUUCCGCCGCAAGGAAGACAUCACUCCGCUCAGUCUUCUGCAGCAGAGACUGGCCUACAAGACGGUGCAGAGCGGUGGCGACGUACCCCUCCAUGGGCUUCGCAAGCCAGCCCCGGAACGUGCGAAGGACGACACGGAGAUCGAGUAUUUCCCGAUCUCGUCCACUUUGACAAGGAUUCGCGUGUACCGGAAGAGCGGUUCGAGGAGCUCGACUGCAACGACGACAGCGACGACGACAACGACGACGACGACGACGACGACGACGCUCGACUCGAGAUCGCCGGUCAUGAGAGCACCUCGCACGCUCGCCGAGCGAUUUCCGUCGUCCGGAAGCGCGUGUCCACUCGGUAGAGUACUUCCGCAAGCUAUGUCCGCGUCGAGGCCACCCUCGCCGCCUCGGAGAAAGUCUUCGCGUUACAACAAAACUUUGAAGCUCUACUCGGAGGCGCGACUGAUCGAUAGCUCGCACUCCACGAAACCCAGGCACGAGCAGUGCUUUACGGCCGAGCAUAGCGUGUCGAGCAUCAGAUCGCUGCGAGAGCGCUUCUGCAGCAAUCUCGAGAGGCACCGACGCAGUCGCGAGCACUUCCACAGCGUGAUCGCGCAGCGCACUUCCUCCAGCAGUCCGGUCACUGGUAAGGCCGCCAAGACGUCAGGCCUGUUUUCCAGCACCUUCAGCAAAAGAAAGUCGGACCCUUGCUUGUCGCAGAGCCAAUUUGAAACGAACACAGGGAAGAGACUGGGUCCGAGUGCGAGAAGUCACGUUUGCUCCUCGGCAUCGCCGGCGCCGUCGAGAGGCACUCGGGAGCCGACAACGAGGAUCGACGGCAAACGUCCGAUCGAAGAUAAACUCUCAGUGCUAAGAGUGUCGUCGAGGUAUACGUCCGUUAAGGAGGGACUGAGAUCGCCGGAAAGGGCCCAAGUCACGACGAGAACGGAAUCUCUGCAGAACCCGCGAAAGGAGAAACUUCGCUUGACUAAGAAGGAACAGGAACAGUCGUGCAAGAGACUCAGCAGACCGCCGGCAGAGCUUUCUUCACCGGUAGAGGUGAGGAAGGUUCUGCAGAAGCACAGAGAGAAAGAAGCGAAAGACGUGCAAACCAAGGCGCUCCCCUCGGGGGCGAUCGCGAAGAGCUCGACGGCUUCGCAUAGUUCACUGGCGAGCAGGCAGAAACGUCCAGCGGACAAGUCCCUCAAAGUUGUCGCGGCGGUCUCGCCGAAGGGACAGGAAUUAUUGCGAAAAGAGACUGAACAGCCAACGACAACGAAGAACACAAGCUCUCACCCAAAGUCUCCUUCCGCGAAGAGCACGUCUUCGCAGAUCGUUCCGAAGAGUUCGACGGAGCUGAAAAAAGCGAAAAUCGUCGCAAAGUCACCGGAGAAGCUGAUCGUCAGCAAGGAAUCCUUGCGUUCGAUCUCGUCAUCUUGUUCGGAAGUGAGCGGCGAGGCUAACAAGAGGAAGCGACCGCGUGAGAAGCCGCAGAUUAUUGUGAAGACUCCGAUGAAGAAGCCGGAGACGAUACGCGUUACUGUGAACGGCAACAGGAAGAAAAUAGAGGCGAAGAAGAAGACGCGCAAGGAGGCGAAAGGACGCGAAAACGGCGGUGACGGCGCGAGCAGGUCCCCGGACGGCUGGAAAGAAAUAGCCGAGAAGGAGGACAUCAAGCUGCUGAGGAGGAUAGAGAAGACAGUGCCAAGUGCUGCACAAGAGCCUCCCAAGGGUCAAACCGCCCCUCUGACCGUGGAGGAAAUCAAGAGGCAUCAGGAGGCGACACGCACGGACACCUUCUUCCAGAAUCUCUUUCUGCGGAACUCCCCGUCGCCCAUACCGCACUUACAUGCGACCAUGAGAAGAUCCCUCGUCGGUGAACGUACGAAGAUGUUGCAAGACAUCGCGAAAGAGAGCUACAGGUCGGAACCGUCCUUGAAGUCCCUCAGCGUGUAUCUCGCGCACAAGCGACCGGUCUCGAACUCGAAGUUCAAGAACUGGGAGCGUGAGAGCGUUUCAUCCAGAAGUUCCAGCCCGUAUGGGGUCUGCUGCUGGCCUGGUCGAUCGGUUCUCCAAAAAGUGAGCAAGUUCGACAGCUUGCUGGGCAUCGACGAGUUCGGGUCAUCCACCACGCUGCGUAAUCGCAGUCCAGAGUUGUCGCGAGAGCACGUGAAGGAGCGAAGUUUGAGUGAACCACCCUUGAAGACCUUGCCAGAGUCGAAGGAGUCCACCCCACGAACCUCCUCGCCGUCUCCAACGAGACCUCAGACGCCUCGACAAAUUCGCCCUCCCAAGCAGGACGAUCCAGAAACUCCGCUGACGAUUACCUCGAAGAAGAUCAGAGCCAGGAGUGCCGGCGAAGCAGAGGAGACGAAAAGAUUCGGCUCGACUUUGUCGUUGACGAAAAGCACCGGCUCCUUGUCGUCGAUCGACCGCGAGGACUAUCAGCAAUACAUACUCGAAUUGCUACACCACAGACGUAAGUCGAAGCGAUAUAAAGAUCUGCGCGACUUCUACGCGAAUCUGAGUAGGAUGGGUCAAUUGGAGCGCACGUUCUCCUCCGGAGAUCUACGACCGAGGAUGAAGAACGAGGAGAUCAUCGAUUACGAUCUUUGGCAACAAGUCAGAUCGAAGGAGAAGGCGGAGCAGGAGCUGAAGACGCUCUACGGGAAGCUGAGGAACGUACAACGCGACAAGGAUUUUCUCUUCACCGUGAAGGACGUGAAUAAAUUUAGGUGGCACGGCGAUUGUGGACUACGUUGCAAGGAACGCUCUGUGGAAGACAUUUUGCAGUACUUUAAGAAACUUCAGAGCAAGGAGAGCGAGCUGGAGUCCUCCAAGAGAAGAACCAUCUCGUCGCUGAAGGACACCUAUAAGCCUCUCUGGCGAGGCAGUUCGGUAGUGAACGUGGCGACUACGAUGCAGAAGAAGGCCAACGCCAAUCAGGACGUCGACAGGUUGACGGAGCAUCCGUCCUUGCAGAGAAGCCUGGGCGGCAGCAAGAAGUUCUGGAGCAGUUUGUCCAUCGAGCAGGUGGCCACUUUGAAGAAGCAACUCAACGAGAUCUACGGCAGUGACGGUCCUCAGAGAUCGACGCGAUCGGAUGGCGAAGUCGUCGAGGCGCCUCGCGAAAUUAGCGAGGAUCAGCGAUUCGUGAAGGAACGUCAGGAGGAGGAUAAGCUCGAUACUUUGUCGAACUACGAGAUCAUCGUGCCGCCCGAGAGCAGCGGUCCCAGCGGACGUCCUCAGAGGGUCGACUCGAAGGGUCUCCAUGUGCGGUGCCACUCGAUGAUCACGAGCAGCGAAUCGGCGAUGUUGCUGAAGGAACAGAGCUCUGACACGAUUCGGGUCGAAAGUUCGACUCUGAAGAAGAGCGACUCCAUCGGUCGCUUGAAAGGCUUAGAGAGAUCCGAGUCGGAUAAAUCGGUGUCGUCGACGAUGUCCGAGCUAGAGAAGAAGCGGCUAUCGUUGACCAUCGGCAAGGAGGUUCUGGACAAAAUGACGCGACGCUGUCGAUUGUCCGCGCCAUUAGCGCCUCGAGAAACGCGCGGCAGCAUCGCCGUCGCUCUGGCGGCCACGAAGAUGCCCAAAACACCCACGAAGAAUGUCGCGAGGCCUGUUUGUCCGCCCGCCACACCCAGCUUGGCCAGUACUUCCCCGCGAACCUGCUACUCUCUCGAAGCUCCGUACGCCGAUGACUCGACGAGACUCAAGGACAAGAGCGAUUUCCUGCUCGUGUUGACGCCCAACAACGAGAGCGCUACCGACAAGCAGCGCGUGGAGACUGUACUCGAGGAAUGGUCGAAGAAGCCGCCGUUAUUGGCUAUGGCGGUGCCCAAGGAAGCUUCCACGACGAAGACAGGUAGAUUCGUCUCGAGUAGCGACGCAGACAGCAUGACGGAGAGCUCCGAGACCUCGGUGCGAACGGUGAUUCAACGGAACGUCGAGGCGGAGGACGUGUCGCGGAAGAUCGAGUUCUUCGAGAACGUGGAGAGGAAAGGAGAAGCGCGGCAGCGCGAGGCUGCGCUAGCUCCUACGACAACGGCGACGACGUCGUCGUAUCGCAGAUGGAAGAAACUGUCGUCGUCGCAGAGCUUCGCUGAUCUGAAGGAGCUCUUUGGGGAAACCGAGUCGGCCAAGUACAGUGGACCCAGCGCUGCGUCCAGUAUCGUCGAUCGCUCGCGAUCGACGUCGCCGAGAGAAAGGGCAGGCGACAUACGGAGAGACGCUCGCAGUCCGACGCUAUUGGAUACCAGCAGCGGCGACGGUAGCGGCGGCACGCGACGACAAUCGUUGCGCGCCUGUUCACGGGAGCGUGAACAUGACAGACCGCACAGCGUCAGUCCGUGUCGUGCGACCACGCGAUCGAACUCGUCCUGCAGUCUGGACAGCGGUUGGCUACGCAGUUCCUCGCCGGAUCCCGAGAGGUAUUGGCGCGCUUACUUGAAACUCGUGCGAAACGGCACUGUGCGCCGGCUGCGGGCGAGAUUCGAGAGCGCGGAGGACCUGCCACGGCGCGUCAAGAUCGCACCGAGCCCCAAGCGCUUCCGCAGCGACCCGGAGUUAGCGAGGAGCUUGCUGAAGAGAGCGAGCGAGGAGGGCCGUGCGGUCCCGAAGCCGCACGAGCAUGCCGACGUAGCGUGGCUGCGCAGGAGGUUCGAGGCGAGGAGAGGACGGCCACGGCGAAGAGGUGAGUCGCCGCCGAUUCCGCGGGUGCCGUUGCGCCGGGAGAACCUCUCCAUGCCGCACAUUGAUGUCAUCAGCAAGACAGCCGAGCUGAAGGAGCCCACCGUCACCAGUACCGUCACCAACCACGUGGCCAGGCAAGCGGAAACCAAGGAACUCGAGGCGAGAAGACCGGUCUGCAGGAUGCGGAAGAGAUUCGAGUCGCCGGACGCCGGACGAUGUACUUCCAUCUUAGGCGAGAUGUUUACGUCGGCGCCGGAUGUACGCGAACUCCGCGACAUCGCGCCCUACUUGGCUGGACGGUGGGUGGCUCACCGGUUCCCGAAUCGCCGUGACAACAUGCGCUCCUUGUCGUCGCCGGCCGAUCUUGAGCUCCACCGAGGCUCUUCGAGAACCGAUCCCUCUCCAGAGAGCAAGAGAAAAACGGAACGACCGCGCGCCACCUCUUCGUCGCCGACGCGUCCGCGAACCCCUGCGUCGAUCCUCAAGUCGCCGCAGACGAUUUUCGCCGGGCAACACUUUGACCCUGACAAGCACAGACCAAGGUUCAGGUAUCAACCACCGCCACCGCGGCCUUCGCCCACCGCCGCACGAAAGCAGAGAACUCUGUGGCCGAGAACCUUGCCCGUCUACACGGCACGACCGACCGUCACCUUCGAAGAAUACUCGAAUGCACCUCCGCCGCCGCCAAAAUCCCAGCACUGCAGGGACGAUCGCCAAGAAUCGCCGAGGCGUUAUGUGGAGGGUGAGGUAACGAUUCACUAUCGCUCGCCGGUGCGCACAGAGGCGAAGGAGCCAUUGAGCGAGGAGGAACUCGCGCGCCGGAGCGCGGAGAACAUGCGGCGCGUCUACGCGGAGGAACGCCGUCGCAAGUACUUUCAGGAGCUGCACGACAUCCACUCCCGCAGACACACGGAUAACUUCACACCUUCGCAGAAGUCGCCUAUACCUCUGAAUCGCUACGACGACUUCGUAGACGAUUUAAGUCAGAGAAGUCGAUCCCAAGAUCAAACGCCCGAGCCACGCUUGGUGGCGAGAGCCCUUUAUAAUUUUAUCGGCCAAUCAUCGCGGGAAUUGACUUUCCGGCGCGGCGACAUCAUAUUCAUUCGCCGACAGGUGGAUAAAAACUGGUACGAGGGCGAGUACAAAGCGAUGAUCGGACUGCUUCCCUACAACUAUGUCGAGAUUCUACCGUACGAUAGCAUACGAACGACGCCGAAAAAGGUUUACGAAGGUCAGGCACGAGCCAAGUUCAACUUUGUCGCUCAGACUAAUCUGGAAUUAUCUUUAACGAAAGGGGAAGUGGUGGCUCUGACCAGAAGAGUCGACGACAAUUGGUACGAGGGCCAUGCAGGAAAUCGCAAAGGAAUCUUCCCGAUUUCCUACGUCGAAGUUAUUAUGGAGCCUGGGCAUCGAUCAGAGACACCGACUCAGAACAAACCGGUGGCCUCUCCAGCGGCGCACAGUCUCUUAGCGAACGCCUCUUCUGGAGGCAAGAUGAGUAUGGGACCCCAUCAUUACGUGCCAUCCAUCCCGGUCAAUAUAAACACAACCCAGCCACAUUAUAAUUCACUGCCACAAGUGGGCGGAAGUAAGUUGCACGUAUCGCAGCUCAGCGAGACUCUACAUGUCAACACGCAUUCAGAACCGAUUCCAUAUCGGGUGCUGUACAACUACAAACCGCAGAAUGAAGAUGAGCUGGAGCUGAAAGAGGGCGAUAUGGUGUACAUGAUGGAGAAAUGCGACGACGGCUGGUACAUUGGCUCCAACCAGAGGACAGGUUACUUCGGUACUUUCCCGGGUAACUACGUGGAGAGAUUAUAAAGGAGGCCGACGAUCCGAAACUUGGACGCGUCGCGCAUCAAGACCCAGGAUAACCUUUACCAAAGCACUAAACGGGAUCGUUAAGAUAUAUCAUGACAGACCCGUAUUUCAGCGAAUUUAACCCGAUCGCUCCUGAUAAGACAAGUCGUUUUCGGCAUUCUCGAGCGUGACGCCGAGAACGCUCUUCGCAGCUUCUCACGCCACGCUCCUCGCCGGGAAGAGACUCUUGCAGAAGCGGAUCCCCUGGUAAUCUGUAAUAUUUUUGUUAAGAUUGUGUAUAAGGAAUUAAAUUGUAAUCCAUAGUGUGUCGCGACGUCUUCGGUAAGCGCUAAUCACGAUUGAUUUCUCUCAUUGUGUUUGUGUCUCUAACGACUUUAUUAGACGCGCGAAUUGCUAGAAUGACUUCAACUUGACAUCUUUUGCGCUUUGAUAACCGUUCAGAUUUUAUUAGAACACGCGAUUUCUUAACACAUCGGUUUGCAAAUUUAUAUUUUCGAUAUUAUCGUUUCUAUGCUCGAUGGCUCUAAAGUUGAUUUAUGGCUCUACAAUCUAUCCGAGACGGGAUAUGAGAUCGACUGAUUCCUUCCGAACCACUGUGUAAUAUGUAAUUUCAUGUAGCACGCCGUGAAACAUAAUACAACGAAUGAAGGUCCUAAUUAGAUCCACACGAAUGCCACCGUCAUAUUGAAGUAUCUCUCGAGUCAAGCUGAUACGACAGAGGAAAGUUAUACACCACGUUACUAAUAUUCUUAUUAUCUCGAUCGAUGGAUAAUUCGUUAGGCGACAGAGUUAAGCGUACGUAGCGGAAAGUAAAGAACGUCACAAGAGUUUUCCAUUUUAGAUUUAGCAACGAUGUUAUCGACAUAAGACGAUUAGAACAAAUGUUUAGAACUGUCGGUAUUCGUGGCGAGGCGUAAAACGGUGCUCCCACACGAUCGAGAUUACCGUCAUUGUAAUUAACGCCGCCGUGUCGUCGGUGCGAAUUUUUAUCUUCUCUAUCGUUACCUAUCGCUGAAUCGUCGCAAAAAUACGGAUAUAUAUCGUCAGUAUAAAUUUGUCGCGAUUAAUAUGGACUGAUGUCAACGAUGCUCGAACGAUCGAACGCGUCUCGAUAUUCGAGAUAAUCAUCCAAAGUAAUUGCUGAUUAUGUCGAGGCCCUCUUUGGUGACAGUUCUGCCAAAAGAUCUAGCGAUAUAGUCCACGCUAAGAGGAUAGUUUGUAGGUAAUUGUACGAUAACGAUUAGUAACUUAUUUCUGUUCCUGGCGGCUAGCCUGGAAAACGUCGUUGUGUGCGUCUCCGAGUGAAUUUUGCGACGCGUCGAAAUUGUGUUGAAAAGAAAAAAAAAAUAAAUAAAAAAUAAGGAAAAAGAA